UAUAGAGCAGGUGUUUUCGGAUAAACUUAUCGCUGAGAAAAUAUGUUCGUAAAACGAACAAAUACAAUAAUUCUUGAUUUCAAAUGCGUGAGGAAAAAACCGACUCCACUUUCGAUACAUCGAUGGAUCAGAGAAAAAUUCAAAUUCAAGAAUGAAGAAAUUACUGCAAUUCAAUAUGAUUAUGCACGAGCGAAAAUUUAUAUCAAACUGAUCACAGAGCAACUGAUGAAGGAAACAUUAAAGAAAUACGAAACAGUAGAACUCAAAUACAGGGAUGAAGAAAAUACGGAAUAUACAAUUAUAUUGGCUGAAGAUGUAAUGGAAACUAUUGUGAGAAUACAUGAAGUUCCAAUUGAAGUGAAUAACGAAAUAAUAAAAAGUGAAUUAGAAAAAUAUGGCAAAGUAAAUGGAAUCGCUAGAGAAAAAUGGAGUGGGCACGAGGACCUUUUUCCGGUUGAGAAUGGUAUCAGAGCUGUGAAAAUGGUAAUGAAAAAGGAUAUCCCUUCGUAUAUCUCAAUCAACGGAUGGAAGACCUUAGUAACCUACAGGAACCAAAUAAGGACGUGCAUGAUUUGUAAUGAACCUAACCAUGAGAAAAAGGAUUGUCCAAGUAAACCAUCUAACAGAAUGAAAAUUCUCAGGAAUGACUUGAACCCUCAUGCAUCAAAUACAAAUGAAUACGAGAGGGGACCAACAACCUACUCGGAGGUGACAGCUGGAAGCUAUAAAGAAACGGAAUACAGACAAGGAAAUCCCACAAACGAGGAAAAGCAAUACACAAGUACAAAUGAAACCCAACAGAGGAAUGACUCCACUGAAACAGAAGAAGAGUCGUCUGAAGGAGAAGAAAGAAAAAAAAAAUCAAGAUGAUAUUGAC